AUGCCGGGGUUAUUGAUACCCCCGGUCCCGGUAGACCAUGAACGAGCAUCCAUGGUCCUGCCAACCAUCAAAUGCUCUUCCUGUGGCGAUCCUAUCUCACUAGCCGCGAUGGCAGAUCACAUCUGUCGGCCACCUUCGAGGUCCGCCAAAGCAUCGCGCAAUCAUGGUCAUAGCGGGGCUGUUGGUGGAUCUUCUCGACAACACGCUCAGCACCACUAUGACGAUUAUGACGCCCCGCUUCCUUCCCCAUCAUCCUCCUAUUCUCACUCUCGCCCCACCCCUCAAUCCUCAUCGCGCCGGCAUGAACGCGAACGCGAACGCGCACCCGUCAGACCAGCCUAUGGAGGACCAUUGUCUCCACCGGGUGGGGGUCUGCAGAUUCCGCCAAUGUCCAGCUCGACCAGCUCGUCGUCUCGUCUCUCCCCUCACAGCGCCUCGUCGCAUUCACGUUCUCCAUCGCCACACACCCCUUCGCCAACCAAUCCAUUUUUCCCCGCUCAAGCUACUGAGCACCCAGACCAAGGCUUGUCAGUCUUCGGUCUAGGAUUCAAUAGUGCCAGUGUCAGACCUGAAGGACCGUUUCCAAACGAUAGGCCGCUACCGGCCGGCGUAUCUGAAUUGUUCCCUUUGGGUGAUGCGAAGGCCAGCAGCGGAGCAGGAGGAAUGGCUGGCGUCGGCCGAAGAGCUUUCCAAGCGGCAGCUUGGGGAGUCACUGCGGGUGUAGCCAUGGCGGCAGGUGCCAGGUCGAAGACUGCGCCGAUCCCCACUGGUCAGCCGCCUUCUGUCUCCUCUGCACCCCGCUCAGCUGGUGCCAUUCCAACCUCUCGACCUCCAUGGGAGCAGCAGAACCAUCAUCCCAUUCAACCGCCUCCCCGUAGCAAUUCUCACUCACAGUCAUCCCAUCGUCCGCGGGGAGGUACGGAACCUCGUCCUGCCGAUCUGUACCCACCUCGCAACGACGUGCCUCCGCGUUCCGCCUCAGCCGUCGACAAGAGGCAGCAUGCCAUUCCCAUCACGCCACGCUCUCCUCCACGGGCAACAACCCAUAUCAGUCGAUCAGUCGACAAUAAUCAUGGUUAUGUCCCGGUCACACGACAUCAGCAUAGCGGUUCACUCUCCUCUCAUACGAGCGUGGGCUCGCCCGAUCCCGGUAUCAGCAAUCUCCUGCGUUCUCGAGCCAACGAGCGGACACCAAAGACCAACACCAAAACCAACGGUGGCGGCGGUGCUUUCUUUGACCGAUAUAAGCAGAUGCAAUCUUCUAACGAUUCAAGUCGAGCGCUUGGUGUCGGACGAAAGCCAUCCGAUCAGCAUGGUCGGUCACGCCAGAUCGUCGACAGUCCUCAGCCAUCUGCGUAUGACUUAGACGAUGCCUACGAGGACAUGGACGGGCCUGAUUCGGCUCUACCCUGGGCCACACCUCAGCUCGAAGAUUCACCCGAGAUCAAGCAGAACGAUAAGCUGCCUCGACAACGCAACCAUCCAUCCAAGCUGAAUCAUCAAAGACAUCGACCGGGCGAUAGCGAAACAUCCUCGAAUUCAUCCGGUUCUCGUCGAUACGAGGCGUCAGGGCCGGAGUCUGAGGAGAUCGUCACUCCGUCGACCAGUUUCGAAGGCUUGGCUGAUCGCAUGCAGGGCAGCGGAAGGAGGGAGAAAGCGUCCAAAGAUCGUUACGGGUACGAUCACGAUGAUGAUGAUCGUCGUCGUCGAGAUCCCGUGGCGCCAGCGCGCAAGGGCUCUGGCGAAUCUCGUGAGAAGGAUCGAAGCAAAAUCCAAAAAUCCAAUUCCAACUCCACGAUUAAAGCUCCAGGAGGAAAAUCCCGUAAUCCACCUGAAGAUUCUCCCGACGUCCCCUCGUCACGGUCUCGUCCGACGCCCAAGACCUGUCAAAAGUGUGGCGAGACCGUCGGCGGAUCACGCAAGUUCGUGGAGAGGGAUGGAGUGGUGCUCUGUGAAGCCGAUUGGAAGAAGAUGUACCUUCCGACAUGUCGAAAGUGUCAAAAACUCAUCGAGACAAAGAUGGUGUCCGCAGACGAUGGUCAACUCAAGGGCAAAUGGCACGCGUCGUGUUUCACGUGCUCCCGAUGCGAUAAGCCGUUUGAAGGCAAAGACUUUUACGUCCAUGCUGGUCGACCCUGGUGUCAAUACCAUUAUGCCAAGGAGACUGGCACGUUGUGCGCCUCGUCCAGUUGCAAGAAGCCCAUCGAAGGACCUUGUAUCGUGGUUCAAGGCUCCUCUAACCCCCUUCGAUUCCAUCCCGGUCAUUUACGCUGUGAUCAUAGAGACAGUCGAGGCGGUCAAUCAUGCCGCGAAGCAAUGGACGAAUACUUUGACGUGGAUGGGAAACGAUAUUGCGAUAGACAUGUGGGAGAAGCUCUAAAGGCCGCUUCGGCAGCAAGUGGUGGUAAAGGCGGAAGGACGCUCAAGGCGGAAAAGAGGAAGACACGGUUGGUGGACUUGCCCAGCGGUGGAUGGUAG